CACCCCCGAAAUCUCACCAUGGACGCGCCGAAGACACUCGAGGAGGAGGACUUGGAGGCCGAGCCGGACCAGUUUCUUGCAGACCUGCCUCCCUCAGGCCGCGGCGAAGGCUCUGGUGCCUCUGCAUCAACCUCCGGACUGCAACCCACCCCGUCAGCAUCGUCGUCCGCCGCCUCGGAGCUGCAGGAGCGCCGUGCACAGGUGGGAGCCAGUCCGUAUUUGGCCCCGUUCACGCCCAGUGGAUCCCCUCCGAGGCCCAAGACGCCGUCCACCACUGGUGGACGCUCGUCCACUAGCAGCAGUCGAACUACCAAGCCGCAGCUUGUGCCCAUGGGGCGAGGAGCAGCAGGAGGAGCCUUCGGAGCGGGCCCCGCGCUCCCUCGAGACGACGUGGUGAAGCAUUUGCCGCCCAAAUUGCUCGAAACGCUGGUGGACGUCGUGCGGACGCUGGACCAGCUGGCGGACGGCGUAGCGGACUUCCGUCCGGAUCAGUUGGGCUUCCUCAGUGACAAGGCCCAGCGAUACGUGGAGCUGCUGCAACAAGCGGACAAAGCGGCUGCUGAGUACAGCGCCGACAUCCCAUUGCAGGUGCUACGAAUGAUGGAGGAAGGCUCCAACCCGGAGCUAUUCACGAAGAAUCAGCUGGACAAGUGCCAGGAGGAAAGCGGACAGGCAGCGGCCAAGGUUGAGACUCUCGAGAUGUUGAAGGGAGCGCUACAAACCGGACUAAACGAACUCAAGUGACGCACUUCUCAGUGCAACGUGAUUCUACGUCAGUCAUUCCAUUCAUUUUCUAUAGAAUCUCAGGUUGGAAACAAAAACAAAUAUUUACUUACCAAGGUCGAUAAUCUUGGGCGGAUUUACGUUAGUGUUGGUCUUUUGAAUGGAUCAAGUUUCAAAUUCGAUA